UACUGUGCCUCAGUUCUCUCGGAGUAAAUAUGACUACAGAAUUGGAGGAACUGCAUUGGCCAUGGACAGUUUUCCCAACCUUAGAUCCGCGACUCGAGGGAUAUCCCUUUGUAGGGAACUUCUGGUUCAUGACAGGAUUAGUCAUCGCUUAUCUCUACUUUGUCAAGAUUCUCGGUCCGAAAUUGAUGGCGGACAGACCAGCUUUCGAGAUCACGACGAUCAUCAAAGCAUACAAUUUCGCGAACAUUUUCAUCAACUUGUUCUUCACGAUCCAAUUCUCUAGAUACAGCUACUUCGGUGGCGGAUAUUCUCUGUUCUGCCAGAAGAUGGAUCACUCGCGGGACGAGAACUCAAUCAUGCUCGUGAAACUCGGUUACUACUACUGCAUCAUCCGAGUUCUUGAUCUAUUGGAUACAAUUUUCUUCGUCAUGCGAAAGAAAUUCAAUCAGAUAACGGCACUCCACUGCUCGCACCACGCGCUGGUCGCUUGGUCAGGCUGGCUCUUCGUUUCUGUCGGAUGUGAUGGUCAGGUUGUCCUGGGAAUCAUUGUGAACUCGGCCGUGCAUGUCCUCAUGUACACCUACUACUUCCUGGCCGCCUGCGGACCUUCGGUGAAGCCCUAUCUGUGGUGGAAACGAUAUAUAACAAGGAUUCAGAUCGGUCAGUUUGUGGGUCUGCUUUUCCACAUCAUGAUCCCCAUAUUCUACGACUGCGGCUAUCCUAGAGGCUUACUCGUCUGGGCAUUCGCGCAAGGUACAUUGGGACUGGUCCUUUUCAUCAACUUCUACCUGAAAUCCUACAUCGUGAAGCAUAACCCCACUCCGGAAAUUCAAUCGAAAUCGAGCGGAACAUCAUAUGAUCGUCUCAAGGAGGCUAAGAGGGCUUGAAAGAUCGGGAGAUCGUGCAGAAAUUCCUUCAAGGAACACAUCACCAUCUUCGGAAGACCACGACUUGCGCGGAAAAGCUUCUCUCCAAUAUUCAUGCUAAUAUUGAGCAAGGUGAAGUCGGUCAUCCACGAACGGUGACUCAAGAUGAAGUAUUAGACGCGGACGCGUUCUUUCACUGUGAGAAAUGAAUAAAAUUCGCGUUCUGCUGGGAUUUUAUU